UUCAGCUUGGAAAUUGAUUGAAGACUCUCCGUAAGAUUUAUUAUGGCGUCAAAUCUGUCAUCUCCCUCAACAGAGGAGCAGGCUUCCUCUGAGAUAGAUGAUCUCCAUCUAUCAUUGCAAGUGCAGCGAGAGUCUACCCAGAAGAAAACCUUCACUAGCUGGAUAAAUUCCAUACUGGCAAAGCAUACACCCCCUUCUGUUAUCUCAGAUCUAUACACAGAUAUACAGAAAGGACAUUUACUUUUGGAUCUGUUGGAAGUGCUUUCAGGUCAACAUCUGCCCCGGGAAAAAGGAUUUAAUACCUUCCAAUGCAGAAGCAACAUAGAAAAUGCUUUGACAUUUUUAAAGAGCAGAUCACUCAAGCUCAUAAAUAUUCAUGUUGCUGACAUUAUUGAAGGAAAACCCUCCAUUGUGCUUGGCCUAAUUUGGACAAUUAUAUUUCAUUUUCAUAUUGAAGAACUUGCCAGAACACUUGCUUGUACUUACAAUCAACCAUCUCUUGAUUGUUCAAGUGCUGUUGACUCCUCUCCAAAGGCAAGCAGAUCAGCUAAAAAAAGUGCAAAAAUUAAGGAACGGUGGAAGAUCUCUGCAACAAAGGCCCUUUUGUUGUGGGCAAAAGAACAAUGUUCCUUGCAUGGUUCUAUCAGUGUGACUGAUUUCAAGUCAAGCUGGCGAAGCGGACUGCCUUUUUUAGCCAUCAUCCAUGCCUUAAGACCAGGUCUAGUUGACAUGGAGAAGGCAAAAACUAGAACCAAUAAAGAAAAUCUGAAAGAGGCUUUCAGAAUUGCCGAACUCGAGUUGAAUAUUCCUCGACUGCUUGAGCCUGAAGAUGUUGACGUUAUGAAUCCAGAUGAAAAGUCAAUCAUGACUUACGUGGCCCAGUUUUUGCAAUACUCCAGGAGUUUACCUGUGUCUGAAGAAGACAUGCAGGGAAAAGUAAGAGACGCUGUAAGUUGGUUGGCUGCACAAGGAAAGAAGUUAGAGAAGUUGCUGAUUGACACCGAGAGUGAAACAUAUUACCAGAAGUACAAAGAAAUGAUGGUGUUUAUGGAAGCGUUUAACCAAGAAAAAAAGGCUUUUCUGCCUGUGUUGUCAUCCAAAGCAAGUGUAGCUGAGCUAAGUGAAGAUCAGCAGCAGAUGAGAGAAGAGUGGCAUAAACUGAUCUCACAGAUUAAUGAAUGGAAGACAAAGCUGGACCAGAUGCUUCCCCCUCCUCUGGAUGGCAUUGAGGCCUGGCUUCAGGAGGUCGAACAUCUGCAGGCAGAAGAUUUGCCUGAUUUGCAGGACCCCUUUAAAGCAAUGUCUCUCUUCAGAGAAAUAAUUGUAGUAUUUAAGGGCUUGAUGGAUUGUUUUGAUUCUCACUUGGACACCCUUCAAUCCUUCAAGAAUGAAGAUGAGAAGAAUAUGCCACUAGUACUGCCUGAGAAACUAGAGGAAAUGAAACGAAGAUUCAGCAAUAUUCAGUUCACAAACUCCAACACCUUCCUUGAAUACCACUGUGGGCUGUGCUCAGCUAUUGCCAAUGAGGUGAUGUUGAAGCUAAAUAUCUGGAGCAUGAAAUAUGGGACAAAAGAGUCUGUGGAAUCACUCCUGGAAGACUGGAAUAAUUUCAUUGAAGAAAAGAGACUUGAAAAACAUCUGGAAACUGCUACACACAUCUGUGAAGAUUUGAAAAACCAAAACCUAAGCAGGCCUGACUUGGCUGGUGAUCCUCAAGAAAUUAACAAACUUUUAAAGACAGUGGGAUCGAAAAUCUCCAUGUGCAGGGACUAUAUUUCUAAUGUAAAUAGUACCUUAAAGAAAGUCCUAACUUCCUGGAGUAGUUACACAGAAAACAUCCACUUACUGAAGACAUGGCUGGAAGAAAAACGAAACGAGCAGCCAGAAGAGAUACCAGCUGAGAUUCUGACAAACUGGAAUUCAGUGCAUGGCUCCUUAAACGAAGCUGGAAAUUAUCUCUUUGAAGUUAGCAAAGAGCAAGUUGGAUCAAAUAUUGCUAAAGAGCUGAAGAAAUUGAACCGGAGAUGGGCUAAAUUCAUCAAGAGGACACAGUUUGAGGUGAGGUUACUGGGAAUGCAAGAAGAUCAAAAGAAGCAAGUUCACAAGAGUGAGGGAAAUCUGGAGUCUCCUCUAAAAGCCUUUAGUGAUAUGGCAGAACUUUCGAGAGAAGCUUUUAGGAGUCAUGUUCAGAAAGAAGAGCUCGUCGAAGAGAGCGCGGAUGCUGCUGAAAAGGCCAGGGGGCUCCCAGAGAGCGUGGAGGAGAUGGAGGUGCUGCUCAAAGGGGUGGACAGCUGGGCAGCCGAACUUGAACAGCUGCUCGGCCAGAUCCGUCACCAGGAACGUGUGGAACCUGAGACAGAGGAGCAUUUGCAGAGCUUGGCUGCAAGAGGAACCUUGUGCCAAGAGCAAGUCGUGGCAGCAGAAGAGAUCUUGCAAUCCCUGAUGCAAAAUGCUUCCAGUCAGGUGUCCCAGCAGCAUUCUCAUACCACAGGCCUGCAGGCAAGACUUAAAGAAGCCAAAGACAAAAUUGAGGCUGCCAUGGGUGACAUUGGUGAUGUCUUGCCCAAAUCUGAGAAGAGAGCCUCAGAAAAGGAGGUUUUGCUCAAUUUUGAAGAAUUCCAGAAAGACCUUGAAGCCUCCAUUUCAAAGGUGGUGCAACUUCUCAAUCAAAAAUUAAGUCCUGAAGAAAGUAUUUCAAGAUAUGAGGAAGCUUUCAAUGCUUUGGACAAUAAUGUUCUUGACAAAUUUUUAAAAGCAGCUGAACAACUGAAAAAUAUUUCACCUGAUCAUGAAAAAUUAGCAGUGGAGGAAAAGAGUAAAGAUCUUCGUAAAAGAUGGGAGGCAGUUCAUAAUGAAAUUACAUCCUGUAUCCAGCUUAUCUUAGAAAGGGAGAAAAAGAAAUUUAAUGCAACUUUUAAGAAAAUCAACAAGCAAUUAAGUAAAGAGAAGAAACUCCUCAGCAUGGAUAAAACCAAAGGGCUCAUUAAGGAACAUGAGGCCUUUUUCUCACAUGAAGGCAGCCUGAAGGAACUUAAAAAGUCAUUAGAAGAUCUUAAAGCAUUGGGAAGACUAGCAGAAGCAGCUCUCCCAGAUGUACAGACACUGGUCACAGAGUGUGAACAAAAGCUAGAAAAACUUCAGCCCGUUGUGGCAGAUACUUACGCAGCGCUGCUGUCUCACACUGGAAAAGGACAGACGUCCAAGAAAGAAGAUUCCAUUGUUGCUUCUGAGAAUGGAGAAAAUCCAGGCUCUUCCCAGCGAAGGAAUAUCUUUUCAGCACAGGAGACAUCAAGACCUGGUUCAGGUACAGUUUGGGAAACAGAUGUGACACAUCAGAAUGGAGAAAGCUGUGCAGAGAAAUAUGAGGAAGACAAUGAUUUGCCCUUGCCAGCUUUACUAGACAGCUAUAACAAUCAAAGAAGUAACUUGGAGGAACUUUUACAAAUCAGCAGAGAUAAAGUGGCAGCUGGCUUUACUGAAGAAAUAAAAGGCACUUCCUGCCUUCAGGACAAGCUGCUUGAACUACAGAUCAUAGAAAGUGAAAACAAUUCUGGCUGGAUACAACUGGAAAACAUUGCAUCUACCUUAGAAAAUCUUGUGGAUGAAGUAGAGCUGGCUACUAUCUCUGAAACAAGAAGCAAGCUAAAAGGAGAGUGGAAAGAGCUUCAGGAUGUUAUAAGUGCCAGAACAAACUCUUUAAGGACCGCUUUGGAAAUUGUUUUGCCAAUAGAGAACGAAUCGGUUCUUCUAUGUGAAUUAGAUCAGCGGCUGAACAAAAGGGACAUCCAGCAGUUUAAUUUGAUGAAUAGUGAUCUUGCAUAUAGGGAACUAAAGGAGCUGCAGAGAUCCAUAUUAAAUCAGAUUGAAGUGUGCAAACAAUUGGAACACCUAGACAGUUCAGCAAGGGAUGAAUUUAAUCCAAUAGAUCUGCAAGCAGCAAGUAAAAUUAUGGUUUAUUAUCAAAACCAGCUUGAGGAAAUGAGCCGAAAGAUGCAGGUUCGAGAAACAGUCUUGAAAGAUCUGGAAGCUUUUAUGGCCUCGCUGAGGAAGAUUCAGCUUUCCAUCAAACAUCCUGUAGAUCCCUCAGCUCAACCUGAAACACAAGGAAAGGCACUGAGGGAGGCUUCACAAGAAAUUUCUCAUAUGGCAGAAGAGGCUAAAUGUUUGGAUGAACGCUUGAGAAGAGUUGAUAUCUGUUUGGAAGAUGCUGAAUGUGGGAGAAAAACUUGCUGUGAAAAACUUGUUCUGACUUUAUCUGAAAUGCUAAGUGAGGCUAAUGAUCACUCAACUCAACAGAUGCUUAUGGAGGAAAAUGACUUAAACAAGACUUUUUCCACAAAAAAUAGCGAACUCCUUAAAAACAUUCGGGAUUUGCAUGACAAGAUUGAUAAAAUAGGCUUGAAGGAUCCAACAAUUCCAGCUAUUCAACAAAGAGUAAAAUCAUUAAGGGAGUUGGAAAAGGAACUGGAUUGUGCAGCUGUUGAAAUGAAAGCCCUGCGAGAAAUUGCUAAUAAACUUCCACACAUCAAGGAAGAAAAAGCAGAGGAAGCAAAUGAACAGUGCAGAGUUACAGAGAGUUUAUGGGAGGAUACAAAACUGUUGCUUGCUGAAUGCCAGGAUCAGUGUGCAAGGGCUCUGGAGCUCCUGAAGCAAUACCAAAGCUGCAAAAGUAGUCUGACCAGCAUUAUCCAGAAGCAAGAGAUUGUGCUUUCACAGCAGAUUUCCUACAUGGGGAAGGAGAAUUUGAACAGGAUGAUAGCAAAGAUUGAAGAGGCAAAAGAGGAAUUUAAUGAUCACUCUGAAGAUGUAGACAGAAUAAAUCAGAUCUGCAAAAACCUUCAGUUCCAGCUCAAUAAAAUGAGAAGCUUUGAGGAACCUCCAUUUGAGAAUGAGGCUAACAUCAUUGUGGACAGAUGGCUGGAUAUCAACGAAAAGACUGAGAACUACUGCGAUAAUUUGGGAAGAGCUCAGGCUUUGUGGGACAAACUACUUAGUUUAUCCAGCACAAUCGAUGCGUGGGCAAAUGCAGAACUGAAGAACAUAGAAGACCGUUGCCUGAUCGAAGAGGACCUUACACAGCUGCAGGCUUGUUUACGAGUCCAAGAGCAGAAACUCCAGAAAUUUGACAAUACUGUUCUUGAGAUAGAGGAGCUUCUGAACAGUAAUGAACCCCCAUUGGAGCUGCAGGUCAUCAGAUCAUCCGUUGUGCAUAAAAUGGAGCUAAUAAAAGAGCUCUUGUCAACGAAGCGGGGAACUAGUGAACUUGGUGUGAACACAGCAGAGCUAAAAGGAGACCUUGACCGGGCCAAGACACAGAUUGGGAUGACUGAAUCACUUUUAAAAGCUUUAUCUCCUUCUGAUACAUUAGAGAUCUUCACUAAAUUGGAGGAGAUACAUCAGAAAAUUCUGCAGCAAAAGCACCACGUGACAUUACUCCAAGAAGAGACAGAUUGUCCUGAUGUGGAUGAAUUAAAUAAGCAGCUUAAAUGUGUCACUGAUUUAUUUAAUAAGAAGAAACAUGUUUUUCAAGAUCACUUUAUUGGUGUUUUGAACCGUAAGCAAUGCAAGAAUUUUAAUGACUGGGUCAGCAGCACUCAACUCUCUUUGAAGGACUGCUUCAACCCUUCAGAAACAAAACAAAUGCUGGAAGAAAAAAUGCAGAGACUAGAGCACUUCCUAACUUCUGAAGGCAAAGACGGAGAUAUCCAAGAGGUUAAAACUUUACUGAAUAAAGUGAAACAUUACUUACCCAAAGCAGGUAUUAAUCACCUUAACAGCUACGUGAGAGAUCAAGAAGCAGAACUGCAAAGACUGAUCUCCAAAUGUCAGAAACGGAAAAAGGAACUUGGUGCUUCUCUCCAGCAGCUCAGUAGCCUUCAAGAGAGCAGCAUUGGCUUGGAAGAGUGGCUUGCCACUCAGGAAGAAAAACUGCAAGAGAUUCAAAAAGAUAAGACAAAACUUGAAAACUACUAUCAAAUAUUAUUAAUGCAGAGAGAAUCGUUUGACUCUGUGGCUCAGCUAGCAAAUUCCUUGAGGGAGAUUGGGUUGACAGAAGAUGAAACUGUUUCCAGAACAACUGCUCUUAUUAGUAGAUAUCACACACUGGUGACACAUGCAAGUGAAAUGGCAGGAGAUACUCAAAGACAUCUAGUGGAAGGACAAAAUUUUGAAGAACAUGCCCAGGAUGUUUCUUCUUGGAUCAAAAGGCUCAAGGAGGCUGUUAGUAACCUAAGUUCACAGGAAAGUGAGUCUCCAUCAGACGAACGGAUUAAUCAGAUAAAGGAAAUCAUAGGUCUCAGAGAUGGAGGAGAGGCCAAAAUACAGAAUAUGGUAACUCUAGGAGAAACUUUAGUGAGAAAUGAGAAAAUUGCGAAGCCAGUGUUUGAACAGACUAUUUCUGAACUCCAGAAUCAGUGGGAAAGCGCCCUUCAGUUAGCCAGAGAAUAUAUAAGCCCUCAAGAGCAACUUUGGCUCAACAGGGAGCAAUAUGAGCGAAGCAAAGAAGGCCUGAGACUGGCUCUAACUGAACUGAGGAAACAGCAACAAGAGUUAGGUUUUGCCCUCCAGCCUGGUUUGCAGGAAAAGCAAACUCAGUUGACAAAUUAUGCCCAACUCCUGCAGAAAGUAGAAGACUUAAAUACCGUUUUUAAUGAAUUGAAAAGCCAAGAAGAUGAUCUACAGUGUCACACUGCGGAUCCCUGCUUCACAGAGGAGUUGUGGUUGGAAUUAAAGCACCAACAUGAAAGUCUGCUCAGCCAGAUACAGAACAUAGUGCAGACAUUGGAAAGCCACGUUCAAGAGCACCAGCUGUUUCAGGAUAUGGUAAAAGCCUUGAGCACUGAGCUAAAGACUGUCUCUGAGAAAUUCGCUGAUUAUGGAGGUCCAGCAAUGGAAGAAACAUCAGCUGAGCGAAAAUCACAGGAACAACAAGCACCUCUUAGUCAAUGUGAAGACACAUUAAAGAAGAUUUUGGUUUUAGCAGAAACUGUUAAACAAAACACUUCUUCACCAGGACAGAAGUUUAUUAAGGAUGAGAUUGAAACACUUCAGAGUGAGCAUAGGAGUCUGGAGAAAAGACUUGAAAAUGUCAAGCAAAAGGAUGAAAAUAUUCUCAGUGAAGCCCUUGAAUUGAAAGAUGUGAUUGCUGAAGAAAUACAGGUGGAAGAUAAGGCAGACCCAAAAAGAGAGAUGCAGGUCACUUUUGCUACCCUUGCUGCUGUAGAAGAGAGCCCCAAAGCAGCAGAGUUAAAGGAAGGCUUGGAAAUACAGAAUGAUCGAGAUGUAAAUGGGAAUGAGUCAAAGAAAGAGAAGCCAAAUGUUUCACUUUUGGAGGAAAGCAGUGUAUUGCCAGACAGCUCAUUUCAGGUUAUCUGUCAAAGCAAGGAUGGAGAGGGCCAGAUGGUUCAGGAGGAGGCUGAAAAAGAAAGGCAAGGCGUGGACAGCUGUGAUGGGGUCCAAGAGGACCUUCUGGACACUGCUAUUCAAGGUGGUGACAUGGAGUGGAAAAGGCAGCAGGAUCUUGUUGGUACCGAGGGUGAUGAAACAAGAAUGGAAACAAGUGCAGUGGAGGAGAAACCUGAUGAUUUCAAGGAUCAGUCAUGUAGAGAAGUGCAGCAGCUUCAGCAAAGGGUGGGCCAGAAGAGUCAUGUACCAAAAUCUGUACCAGUGGAGAAGGAUGGUCUGGAAUCCAAACCCCUGGUUUCUGUGUGUGAGCACACAGAUACCGACGUGAUUCUUCAGAAGGAACUAUUUCCCCGAGUACAUGUAAAUAGUGAAUAUUUGGAGGAGGAAAAAAGGGUUAACGAGCUGAAAAAUGAAGUGGCUGAACUGGAUAUUGUGCUCAUAAAUGAACAACUGAAAGAGCUGGAGAAUUUACACACAGAACUGGAGACAUGGAAAGCAAAAUCUUUGUGUCUGAAUCAAGAGGCCUCCCCCAGCGCAACUGGAUCGAGCAGAGCAGAACUGCAAACUGCAGAGCCCGCGGUGCCCUGCUGGGACAGGCUGCUUCGGGAGCUAGAUGCUGUGAAGGCAAUGAAGCAACAACAGUACUGUUUAGUUAAUGAGUACCAGAAAAAUCUUUCUGCUGCUCAAUCCUCAAUGAAAAAUUUGUCAACAGAAAAAGAUAACAUAAAAACUUUUCUUUUAAAAAUGUCUCUAGCCUGUCUUUUAGAUAUUUUUUGCAUGGAUAAAGUGUUAACAGAGAGCCAGAUGAGGCAACUGGAGCUAUGGUGGCAACACAUGGAACAAGCAGUGCAAAAGAAACAUGAUCAAGUCAUGGCAGAAAUCAAUGAGUUUAACCUGCUUAUGAGUAAAGCACAGGAUAUUCAGAGACUGAUACAAGAGCAGUACUUACAAGGAGAGUCAGGUACCUCAGCUGGAGAAAAAGCCAAAUACCCUGUGCUUUGGACCACAGAGCUACAGGACAUUAAGCAUGGUCUUUUUCUAUUAAAAAGGAGGAUUGAACUGCAGAUGAAAAGAAUAUGGAGUGAACAAGAAAAGAUAACUUUGGAAAAUUCCAUACAGGAUUUGCAGAGCAAAUUGGAAGCAUUAUGUGAGCAUCAAACUCCUCAAGCAGAUGUUAGGCUCCUUAGUCCUGCUCUCAAGAAAAAUGAAAUGACAAGGAGGCUGAAAGAGAAUAUUUCCUGGGUCAAAGAUUCACUGUCGUUCCUUGAUCAGAAAGCAGCACUUUUCCCCGAUGAGGUUAAAUCACAAAUCAGAAAUUGUCAGCGGAUGAGGACAGAGGUCCUAGGCAGAGAGCCGGUGAUCGCGUCGCUGGAUGAAGAGCUUCAGCACAUCGGUUCCAGCUUAAAGCCAGAAGAGAUCACUGAUAUGACCUUCCUUCUACAAGCAUUGCAGAAUUCCUACAAGGCUCUUGUCCUAAAGUCAGCUCAAAGAUUACAGCAAUUAGAGCUCCAGCUGGAGGAGAGGCAAAAGCUUAUUGCAGAAGUAGAAAAAGUUCAUGGUCAGCUGCGAGAUGCGGAGACACUUGCCAGGCCUGCUGUGAACCAAACCAGCACGUGGUCAGAAUUAAGCCAUCAGCAAGCCAUUUUGAAGGAAAUUUUAAAGGAAACGCAGGAAAUAGAAGGACUUGUCUCAUCCCAUUGUCAAGAGAGCCAGGCUACAGCUGGGGAACUGAGCUUGUCUGAAAAAUUGUUUCUGAUUGACCAGUUAAGAAGUUUGAAGAAUAGAGCAAAGAAAACACAGAGGCAAAUUCAGAAUAAGUGUCAUGAAGUGGAAAAAAAGGUAGCUAUUUACAGAGAAUUAUCUGAAAGAAUAACUUCAUUACAGCAAGAUCUUAAUGAUCUACAGCGUGAUGAAAUGAACCUGGGAAAUGAAUUAUUAGAUGUCAAGCAGGAUGCUAAGGAUAAAUGCAAAGCACUUAGAGAAAAAGUGUUAGCUUUUCAGUCUGAUUUCUCACAAACAAUGAAGUAUAAAGAAAUAUUUGAAUGCAUAGGUCUAAAUUGGGACUCACUGCAGCUUGAUCAAUUGAAAACUCAGUUUUUAAAGAUUAAAAAGAAAAUUGAAAAGAAGAUAAUGCUCUUUGAUGAUGUUCUUAGGGAAUGUGAUAAGCUUCAAGUAUUGGUAAAUGAAAUCCAGACUAUGACAUCUCAUACAAGAAGAGAAGCUAAUAUACUAAAUGAUAGUCCUAGCUCUUCUCCUGCUGAGAAUCUUAUAGGCGCACAGAUUCUACUUCAGACAAUUCAACAAAUCAUGAACUUAACCCAGGAGGUAGCAAGUCAAAUAAAUGAAAAUGAGGUAUUUGAUACACAAUUCAAAGAAUUUAAGAUGCAAGAAAUCAAGAGCCUGGAAAAAGAUGUUGAAGGACUGAAUCAAUUUCUCCAAAACAUGCUCUCUGGUCUCCAGUGUGUGAAGAAGGACGAUAUCCAGAGUGAAGUAGAACAUAUACUCCACACCAUAAAGCAUUUCCAAUUAGAGCUCCAGAAACCACUUUUGGUAGACAUGAAGAUGAUACAGUACGAAAAGAUGCGAUGGGAAGCAAUUCAAAAUAUGGUGCCAGCAGUAUUUUCUGCUAUUAAGUGUAUAAUGCAAAAAGAGAGGAAAAAUCAAGAAGAUAAGUCUCUUGCAGCUGAUAUAGAAGCAAAAUUAGAGACACUGCAAGAUCAUGAAAUACAAUUGAAGACAGACAUUGCAGCCCGUAUUAGUGAACUGAGUGCAGCCCAUGAGACUGGUGAGCUUUAUGCCAAGGCUUUUCAGAGAGCUGUUGAACUCCUCAGCAACUACGAAGCUAGAAUUUGCUCUGCCACAGCAGAGCCUGGUGGUUUCGAAGAGACCCAUCAAAUCCCACAAUGGAGACAAGAAGAGUUUGACUCUGCAAAGGCUGACAUGGAAAAUCUGUACUCCAAGCUGAAAAACAUAGUGAAACCAGAAGAUAGAAUGCAUCUGGAAAAUGAUUUUAGAGAACUAGCCAAUAAAAAUCUGACACUGAAGGAGAAGGCUGAAAGAAAGGAUGGUGAUGAGCAGAGGUAUUUUGACAAGCACAAAAGCUAUACAGAAACCAAAGAUAAAGUGUGUGAUGAUCUCAACAAACUGGAAAAGGUGCUUGCACAGUCUUUGACCCAAGUCCCCAUCUCUUAUAAAGAAGCUUUGGAACAUUUAGAAGAAAGCAAGAUUUUAGUCUCCAGCAUUGACUCAGCUGAAGAAGAUCUUGUGAAGCUGAGGCAGGUCUCAAGAGAGCUGAUGAGGUUAUGCAAGGGAAGUGACCAGGGACUGGGCAGGAUUGUAACAACACUCUGGGAAAAGUGGCUGGGUUUGCUUGAGAUGGCUAAAGGCCUGGAGAAGAUAGGCUUUGUUAGAGUAAACUCAAAGCUGGAACGAGAAACAAUAAUUCUCGAUAAGCUCCAGGAAGAACAGCCAGAAAGUCUUAAAGAGAAAGAAAAAGCCAGCAGAGAGGAACUGGUAGAAUUGCUAGAUUCUGUCAACUCAUUUGAAGAGAACAUCAACCGUCAGCAGCUCCUCUUACUCUUACUUCUUCACCGAAUAAGAAACAUCCUCAAUAUGUCUGAAAAUAUUGAGGUGGAAGCUGCUCUUCCCACCUUGCAUGAGAUAAAGGCGAUGCAAGACCGCUGUAAACAGUUGUAUAAAAAGGCUCAAGACCAUAAGGAUUCUGUACAGUCUGAGAUUCAAGAGAGGGACAAGAUCAAUGAAGAAAUAAGUGCUGUGAAAAAUUCCUUACAGAGCGCUGCAUUUUUGUUAUCACAAGAUGCUCCUGAAAAGGCAGGACAACUGGAGGAGGUUCAGAAUUUGAUUGGCAAAGAGACUCAAACUCUUCAGGGUAUUAUGGAGAAACUCCGGAUCAAGUAUUCCGAAAUGUACACAAUAGUGCCUGCAGAGAUUGAAACGCGCCUGGAGGACUGCAAGAAAACAUUACAAGACCUGGAAGACAAGGUUAACACUGAAAUCUUGCAGAGCUCUCCUCAGUAUGUGCUGAAAAGAAAAGCAGAGACUAUUAACGGUGGCCUUCAAGCUAUUGAAAAGAUGUUACAACAGAAGAGUGAAAAUGUUGCAAAAGCCAAAGAAAUUCAGAAGCAAAUCUGGGAUAUGUUGGACCUUUGGCACUACAAACUCAACGAGCUGGAUGCAGAAGUGCAUGAUAUAGUGGAACAGGAUUCCUGCCACGCGCAGGAGCUGAUGGAUAUCUUAGUGGCCCCCCUACAGAAGUACCAACAGGUCUCACAACUUGCUGAGCACAGAACUGCCAUUUUAAACAAGGCUGCCAACAAGAUGGAGGAAUAUGAUGAACUCUUGAAGAGCAUGGAAGUUUGGAUAGAAAACACCAGUUGCUUGCUAAAAACAGAUACUCAAAAUAAUUCUGCAAAAAGUCUAAGCAAACAUGCAGAUACCCUUCAAAUGGCUUUGGAAGACUCAGAACAAAAGCAAAAUCUUCUGCACAGCAUCUACUCAGAACUGGAGGAGUUAACACCAGUCUUUGAAACAGACAGUGUAAUGCAACAGCUCAAUGAAGUAGAUGGUCACAUAACAGCUCUGCAACAUGAGAUCAUAGAGGUCCUUCCACAGAUCCAGCAUGUGGCUGAUGAACUGGAUGCUAUUGAAUCUGAUGUAAAAGUGUUUGAGAAGGAUAUUACCAAAAUGAAGAAACUCUUGUCAUCAGAAGAUUUGCUAGAAUAUUCUCCUACAGAUCAUCUUAAACAUGGACAGGUUAUACUUGACCACAUUGGUCCCAUGCAGAAGACUAUUGCUCAUAUACAGUCCUAUGAAGAAGCACUUCAACUGCCAGGGAUGAAAUUACAACCUUUUCCAGUUUUCCAAAGGGCAAGACAACUUUUGAAAGAAUUGAAAAAAUUAGAAAAAAUUACUAAGGAACAGAAUGAGCUACUGGAGGAAUCUAUAAAGAAAACAGAAGAAUGCGAGCAAGAAAUUGAAAAGUUAAAACAGUUCUUAAAGAACCACUUGGUUGAAAUGUCACAUGAGAAUCAGCCACUGGCCCAGAAUACCUCUUGUCCUGAGGGAGAAAUGGAAGCUGUAAAAGAAGAAAUCAUCAAGCUGUGCCAAAAGAAGGAAGAUAUCCUUGCCAGGAUGGAGCAUUCAAUGUCUGAGCUUUACCAGCGCUUACAGCAAGAAGUGCCUGAACCAGACGAUGAACCCACGGCCUCUCUGUUAGCAGAAAGUGACUUGAGUGGAACCGGUAUUCCUGAGCAGCAGUUGAGAAAAAGAGGAAUGUUGUCUCUUCUGCCUUCUGUAGAUGAAGAGUCAGAAGAUGGCUCUUUCCACAGUAAGGGGAGUACGGCCACAGAGCCGGGCGGGAGCCGCUGGCCUUUGGGGAGAGACCAUGAAAGGCACCAAGAAGACAGCGCAGCGUCCUGGUCUUCUGGCACCCUGUCGGAUGGCAUUGCUCAGGAUGCUGAUGAGAUAAUAGAGCCAUGUGGGAAGCGUGGUGAGGAAACAUUUCCACAGACACUGCAGAGCACAGAAGGCACUGGUCCAGGCCUGGCAAGUCAGGCCUUGGUGAUGUUAUCAGAAAUUGAACAAAAGGUCCUUUCUCUCCUGGAAGAUUGCGGGGAUAGCGCAGGCCACCAGCAAGAGACAGAGGCUCUUUCCUUGAAGCUGAAGGAAGUGAAGUGCAAUUUGGAAAAAGUCCAGACGAUGCUUCAGGACAAGUACAAUGAGGAGCAGGUAAAGCACAUGAAUGCUGUGCAGAGCAAGAGCCUCGCAGUGCUUCAGUGUGUUCUGGGUGCAGAAAAACAGUUAGAGAUUCUCCACAUGAAGCAGGGUCACAGCAAGGAGCAGGUCGACUUGGAGCCCCUCACGCUCCUGCAGCCCAGCGGUGCCAGUGUCGCUCCUGGCGAAGAGCCGCCCGUGCAGCACAACAGUGUCCACGAGCACCCACAGGAUUUGAAAGUAAAGCCAACUGAGCAGAAAAGCCUCAUAGAUUUCAUUGAGUCCUGUGUGGAAAAAAUGCAGCUACAGUUUGAUGAGAGUGUGCCUAAGAAAUUAAAACCAAGCAAUGAAGAAUCUGAUCCAAGGACAGAGCCGGCUGAUCCUGCUUCAGCUCCAAAGGGUAAUAAAUGGCAAUAUUUACAACAAGAGCUGUCAUCAAAGAUGAAGUCUCCUCUCUGCCAGCUUGUGGAACCUCAGAUUACAGCAAAGAUGAACAUGCUGCCCCGGGGCAUGUUCACUAGCGCAGGGACUCCAACAGUGGAAGAACUGAAAACUUAUACUGUCCAGCUGGGAGACAUAAGCCAAGAAGCAAAUGUGGUACAUGCACAGGAAAAUGUGGCAGGGGAAGUCUCGUCCAAUUUGGACAGAAAACUGUUUGAGCUGCUUCUGGCAAUCAGCCGGUGUUUGAAUAACAUGGAGGAGAUGCUGAACACCUCAGUCCUCUCCACCGAAGAGGCCGCCGUGCAGCAGGCUCUGUACGAGACUCUUUCUGUGGAGCUGCAAAAACUUCAUGCUGAUCUGAGUGAUAAAAAGGAUGAUCUCUUAAAGUCUAUUACCUGCGCUGGUGGGAGUAUAGAUGUGUUCUGUGAAUGCUUUAACAACUUGCAGGCACGACUGGAACAAACUCAAGCUGCCACUGCUUCAAGGAGCAAUUCAAUGAAAGCUGGGCUGGAUCAUAAUAGCAAUUACCAGAAUGAAACCAGGCUUCUGUAUGAUCAAUUAACUGAGAAAAAAGCUACUCUGCAACAAUGCUUGAAUGUAAUACAUGGACAUAAUGUUUCUGAGCAGCUCCAGAAAAUUGAUGUCUGUGCUUUGGAGCUGCAAAACCUUGAAACCCAAGUAGCAAAACUGAGAGGUCACGGGGAAAGAUUUCAGUUACCUGUAACAUUAAUCCAGGAAGCCUACAAGUUAGAGGAUGUUCUGGAUGACAUGUGGGGGAUUCUGAGAGCAAAGUACAUGGAGCUGAACUCUCCUUCCAUCAGUGAGAACCAGUACGAGGACUUACUUCAUGGGUUUGCAGAGCUGGUAGCUAUUGGAAGAGAGAAGAUUGCACAAGAUCCAAAGCAGCUAACAAAAACCAGAGCAGCUUUACAGUCUCACCUGGAAAAUCACAAGGGCUUUUUCCACAAGCUCAUGACCCACCUGGCUUUUAUGCAAAUGUUUUCCAAGAAAGUGGCUCCCUCCAUCCUACAGAAAAGAGAGAAAUUCUGGAGAGACCUGGUGAAUGAAGUCAGAUUGCUGGAGCAGAAGGCCUGCCACUAUGGUAUACGCCUAGAGGGCUUGUUAGAGGAAUGGAUAGGAUUUGAUCGUGAAUGCCUAGCUUUCAAUAAAGAGUUAGAGGCACUUGCCUCUACGUUGCCUUCUGUGAGUUUGGUCGAAGAAACAGAAGAAAGAUUGAUGGAAAGGAUUGCAAUUCUCCAGCAAAUCAAAAGCAAUGUGGAUGAAAAGCAUGCCAGGCUGUACCAGAUGGUAAAAGAAGGGAAGAAAUUGCUGACUGCUGUGAGCUGUCCAGAAAUAACAAGCCAGAUUGGGAAGCUGGAAGAGCAGUGGUUGUCCUUAACCAAAAAAGUUGGCCAUGAACUACACAGACUUCAAACGUUACUCAAACUCUUGGUCAGCUACAACAGAGACUCAGAGGAAUUAAUGAAGUGGCUGGAUUCCGCUCAGCAGCGAAUGAAUUUUUGGAAAGAGCAGUCUCUCAAUGUGUCACAAGAUCUUCCCACCAUCAGAGAUCACAUCAGCAACUUGUUUACAUUCUCUAAGGAAGUUGAUGAAAAGUCUUCCCUCAAGUCAUCCGUGGUGAGCACUGCCAACCAGCUCUUUCAUGUGAAGCAAGCUGAUACUGCAGCACUUAGGUCAUCGCUGGCAAAGUUUGAGCAAAAGUGGGGAGAACUGAUUACCCAGCUCCCAGCCAUCCAAGAAACGCUUCACCAGCUUCAGAUGGAAAAACUUUCAUCACGGGAAGCCAUUGGUGAGCUAAUGACCUGGCUGGACCAUGUGGAACGACAGCAGGGACACGAAGACCCUAUAAAUUCACAAAGUAGUGCUGCCCAGGUCAGAAGUCUCCUUCAGAAGUACAAGGAAUACAUGAUGGAAAUGAACUUUAAACAGUGGAUGGUGGAUUUUGUUAACCAGUCACUGCUGCAGAUGAGCACUUGUGAUGUGGAAAGCAAGCGGUAUGAAAGGACAGAAUUUGCUGAGUGCCUUGGUGAGAUGAACCUGCGGUGGCACAGGCUGCAGGCGUCUCUGAACAGACAGAUUCAAGAUCUGGAACAUGAUUUGGAAGAUAUUACCGAAAAUGAGAACAAAGGACAGACUCUAGGCAAGUGGCUGGAAGCGCAGAGUGAUCGACUGAGGUCCUUACAAACCCCAGCAAGUCUGACCUCUGCACAGAACACGUUGGAUGAUUGCAAGGAGUUGGAAAAUCAACUUGCAGGUAAAUCCAAAAUUCUUGAUGAGCUCACACAGAAUGUGGCUUUGAAGGAUGGUCCAGAGCAAACCCCCGAAGCUGCAUCUCUCCGGACAGCUGAACUGUGUGAAAUGAGGGACUGCGUUGCCAGCCAGAUUCAGCAGUUAAGGACCUCCAUACAGGCAAUCCUGCGGCAUUGGAAACUGUAUGAUGAAGCUUAUGGAGAAGUCAGCCUGAUGAUAACAAGAUAUUUGUACUGCAUAGAGCAGUGCAAACCUUCUGUGCUGUCACUAGAAGCUUUGAAAAACCAGGUCAAAACUCUCCAGUCUCUUCAGGAUGAGCUAGAGACCAGUGAAGAAAGUUGGGCCAAGCUCCAGGCUGCUGCCAGUAGUCUGAAGGAGAGCUGCUCCCCUUCCUUCAGAGAGAUUAUGCAACAGAAAUGCAACAAGGCGCAUGCCAGGUGGAGUUCAGUAAAUGAAGACAUUGCUGAUCAGCUGCGGACAGCACAAACGAUCCUGCAGCUGUGGGAGCCCUACGACACUUUAUGCACAGAGGCAGCAGCCAAGUUAGAACAACAGGAGGAGCAGUGUGUGCAGCUCUUGGAUGCUCAUGUGCCCGAGGAUAAUAUGGUAGAAACACUGAAGCAGAGGAUUCAGGAUGUAAAGAGUUUGCAGCAUGGCCUUCAAAACGUGCAGGGGUGCCGUUCACGGAUUUCUGAGCUGGCAGACCAGAUAAAACAGCAGGCUGGGACCGCAGCACAGACCGUUCUUUUGCAGAAGCUGCAGCCACUCAAGAGAGCAAACUAUUUAGAAAAGAUGCUGCAGCGGAAAUUGGAUGAAUUUGAGUUCAAUCUUUCACAACUGGAGGAUUUCAAGAACUGUCUGGAAACACUGGAGGGUCAUGUCAAGAAUUGCGCAGAUGCCCUGGAUAACCUGUCUCUAGAGGGAGAAACAGAUAACACAGAACUGCUCAUGAAUCAUACCCUGGAGCUCGCUGCCCUGUCACCAAGCGUAGAAAGCCUCAAUGAAGCCAGUAUUAAGCUGCCCCUCAGUGACUUCACUCUGAAGAAAAUGCAGAGCCUGACACGGCAGUGGAGUCAGAAAACGGCAACAGCUCUGGAGCGCUGCAGUGAGCUUGAAAGAACUCAAACCGAUGAAAAUAAGUUUUUUCAGAAGUGUGAAAACUGGAUGAAAUUCCUAGAAAAAAUGAAAGAGGCCUUAAAAGCAGAUAUUCCAGGUCGUUUUGAAGAAUUGCAGGAGCAACAGAGAGUAUAUGAGAUGUUGCAAACCGAAAUUUCUAUAAAUCAGCAAACGUUUAACUCCAUCAUAGCAAAAGUUCUACUCUUCUUGGAAUCUGGAGAAGCAGAAAAAAGAACGGAGUUCAUUUCCAAGCUCACGCUGCUGAAGGAGCAGUGGCAGAAUGUUAUCCGGAUGGUUCAGCAAAGGAAGAAGGAUAUUGAUGGACUCGUGAGCCAGUGGCAGCUUUUCAGGAGCUCCCUGAGGAGUCUCAGCAGGUUUCUUACUGAUACAAACAACUUCCUCAUGGCUGUGAAGAGCCAGGACUGCUGUAGCCUUUACCAGCUAAGAAAUCUCAUCCAUGACUUUAAGAGCUGGGACUGCUGUGAAAAGCAAACAAAGGAACUGGAAAGUCGACUGAGAGAAUUAAAGGCAAAAGUGAAAGUUCCACUUCCAGUUGAACAUGAUGAACUCUACAAUGCCAAGGAGGACAUUAAGGAGCUGGAGCAGUCCCUGGCAGACUGGGCCCACAGCAUGAAGGAGCUGCGGGCCAUGAAGGUGGAGCUGGCGCACUGCAUCCUCUCCGAGGACAUGCUGGUGCUCAAGGAGCAGGUCGAGCAAUUUGCACCGCAGUGGGAAGAGCUCUGCUUGCGGGUGUCCCUGCGUAAGCAGGAGAUCGAGGACAGACUCAAUGCCUGGAUCAUAUUCAAUGAGAAGAAUAAGGAGCUGUGCUCGUGGCUGGUGCAGAUGGAGAGCAAAGUGCUGCAGACUGCAGAUGUUAGCAUUGAGGACAUGAUAGACAAGCUGCAGAAGGAUUGCAUGGAAGAAAUAAACCUGUUCAGUGAAAAUAAGCUUCAUUUGAAACAAAUGGGUGACCAGCUCAUCAAGGCCAGCAACAAGAGCCGAGUUGCAGAAAUAGAUGACAAACUCAACAAAAUCAAUGAUCGCUGGCAGCAUCUCUUUGAUGUCAUUGGAGCACGGGUGAAGAAACUGAAGGAAACCUUUGCUUUUAUACAACUGUUGGACAAAAACAUGAGUAACCUUCGCACCUGGCUGGCCCGAAUUGAGUCUGAGCUUUCCAAGCCUGUUGUUUACGACAUAUGUGAUGACCAAGAAAUCCAGAAGAGGCUGGCAGAGCAGCAGGAUCUGCAACGAGACAUAGAGCAACACACUGCCGGGGUGGAAUCUGUGUUUAGCAUCUGCGAGGUCCUGCUGCAUGACUCGGAUGCGUGUGCUAAUGAGACAGAGUGUGACUCCAUCCAGCAGACGACCAGGAGCUUGGACAGACGGUGGAGAAACAUCUGUGCCAUGUCUAUGGAGAGACGAAUGAAAAUCGAGGAAACCUGGCGCUUGUGGCAGAGGUUUUUGGAUGACUAUUCGCGCUUUGAAAGUUGGUUGAUUCCAGCUGAGAAGAUGGCAGCUGAACCCCAUUCGUCAGAGGUUCUGUACACAAAUGCGAAGGAGGAGCUGAAGAGGUUUGAGGCUUUCCAGCGGCAAAUCCAUGAGCGCCUCACUCAGCUGGAGCUCAUCAAUAAGCAGUACAGGCGCCUCGCGCGUGAGAACCGCACCGACUCGGCCAGCAAGCUGAAGCAGAUGGUCCACGAGGGCAACCAGCGCUGGGAUAACCUCCAGAAACGAGUCGCUGCCGUUCUGAGGAGGCUCAAGCACUUCACCAAUCGCAGAGAUGAGUUUGAGGGCACGAGGGAGAGCAUCAUUGUGUGGCUCACAGAAAUGGACCUCCAGCUGACCAACGUGGAGCACUUCUCAAAAAGUAACUUCGAUGACAAAAUGCGCCAGUUAAACGGUUUCCAGCAAGAAAUAACGUUAAACACCAAUAAGAUUGAUCAGCUAAUUGUUUUUGGGGAGCAGCUGAUUCAGAAGAGCGAGCCUAUGGAUGCUAUCCUGAUUGAAGAUGAAUUGGAAGAACUUCAUAGAUACUGUCAGGAAGUGUUUGGACGCGUUGCCCGCUUCCAUCGAAGACUGACUUCCAGGCAUCCUGGACUGGAUGAUGAGAAAGAGACUUCUGAAAAUGAGACGGAUCCCGAAGACUCCAGAGAAAUGCAGAAUGAUCCCUGGCAUAAGAGGGCCAUCAAUGAGGUGCCCCCUUCCCCACAGUCCCUUUGUCACCUUGUGCCAGCGACUCAAGGUCAUGAAAGAUCAGGCUGUGAGACCCCCGUCAGUGUUGACUCCAUCCCGCUCGAGUGGGAUCACACAGGUGAUGUGGGGGGCUCUUCCUCCCAUGAGGAUGAGGAAGAAGGCACCUACUACAGUGCUUUGUCAGAUGUAGAAAUCACUGAAAAUCCUGAGGCAUAUCUUAAAAUGACCACAAAAACUUUGAAAGCGUCUUCUGGAAAAGCUGCUGCAGAAGCCCAUCCCUGGCACUCCCCAGGUACAGCCCGUAGGAAGCACCGAUACAACCAGGCGGAGAUGGCUGGAAACGUGUUGUCUGGGCCGGAGACGAGCACCCCCUACAAGCCCGGCUAUGCGAAGCAGCUCAGGCCCAUGAGCAGCGGCAGCAUCUGCAAUGAGACAGGUACCACGAGUGACGAGGAGCCCCAGGAUGAGCAGGAGCUCGAGAGCAUAGCGGCUGCGGAGAAGCCGGAGGCAGCAGUUAUGGUGCUUGUAGGCAUCAUUGAUAGAUGGGAGCUCAUCCAGGCUCAGGACCUCAGAAAUAAACUCAGGAUGAAACAGAACUUGCAGCAGUGGCAGCAGCUGAACUCGGAUCUCAGCGACGUCUCCACCUGGCUGGAUGAGACCGAGGAAGAGCUGGAAGAGCUGCAAAGAGCGCCUCCUCCAAGCAGCAUGCAGGUGCUGGAGCAAAGGGUCAGGAAACUGAAGGACCUGCUUAAAGCAUUUGAUACCUACAAGGCCGUGGUGCUCUCAGUCAACCUGAGUAGCAAGGACUUCCGGCAAGCGGACGGCACCGAGUGCAAGGAGCUGCAGAACCGGCUGCGGCAGCUGAACCUGCGCUGGGAGAAGGCGGCGCAGGCGCUGCGCGGCUGGAGGAAGGGCCUGCAGCAGUGCCUGCUGCGCUGCCAGGACUUCCAUGAACAGAGUCAAAGGCUGCUGCUGUGGUUGGCAAGUGCUGAAAGCCGGAGGAAGGAGGUGCAGGUCACGGAGCCAAACGCUGACCCCCACGCGGUCCUGGAGAGCCAGAAGGAGCUGAUGCAACUGGAGAAAGAGCUGCUGGAACAGCAGCUUAAAGUAAACUCCCUCCAAGAACUCUCCACUCACCUGCUGCUUAAAUCAGAUGGUGAAGAUUACAUUGAAGCUGAUGAGAAGGUCCAUGUUAUCGGAAAGAAACUGAAACAGCUCAUUGAGCAAGUUUCACAUGACUUGAAAACAAUACAAGCAAAUCUGGUGAGUCAAAGUCUAAAUACUUAUUUAUGGAUCUUACUGACAGCAGUGCAAAAAGCCCUGCCAGUCCCGGAUGACAUGGACUCAGGAGCCUAUCAUCCAGUGACAGCAAGAUCCAGCCCUCCUGUAAAGAAGGCCGCUUUACGGAGAACUGUAACUGGCAAAAGCAGCACCAGAGGUGGGAGCCACCCGUGCGCUCCUCAGGCGGCUCCUCGGGCCCCCUCCUUCUUCUACCGCGUGUUACGGGCAGCUCUGCCCCUCCAGCUGCUCUUCCUGCUGCUCCUGCUGCUGGCCUGCAUGAUUCCCUCCUCCGAGGAGGACUACAGCUGCACCCAGGCCAACAACUUCGCCCGCUCCUUCUACCCCAUGCUGCGAUACACCAACGGGCCUCCCCCGACCUAG